CGGAGCGGGGGUUACCGGGCCUCUGCGCACCGGGACCGGCGCGGGCAUCGGCGGGGCGGGGCUGCGCCUCGUGCUCGGCAGCACCGGGACCGGGAGAUGGUACCGGGACCGCGACAUGAGACCGGAACAUGGGAGGUGUCACUGUGCUCCGGACCCCCAUGCCAUGAUCACAGCCCGCAAAACCUGGGAUCUGGGAUCCGGGCCCUCCGCCGAAGCCACCUGGAAGACGAAGGACCGUCCGGCGGCCGGCCACGGGCAGGACCUGCUCAUCACUGGGAGCGGAGCGGGCGCUGCACCCCACCUGCACGCGCUGCUGCUUCACCGUGACACCCUCAGCGUGAGCUGGGCCAACACUGCGAGCCCCGGUGAGCUCUGCCUGGCUCUCCAGGCCCUGCAGGAGACAGCGGGUGAGCGGCUGGAGGAGACCAGGCACCAGUCCCUGGCACCGGCCACGGAGGAGCUGCCGGUGUCCCCCCGGCAGCUGGCAGCUGCCACACCAGCAACAUCCACCAUGAACCUGGAGAAAGCAGGAGGACGGCUCUGUGGUGGGAAACGCUCCAGCCUGCCAGCCAGCCGGCCCUUCCCAGUGAUCCAGAAGGUGAUGGUCUCCAUGGCGCAUCUGCAGGAGGAGAAGCUGCGGCUGCAAGAGGAACUGCUAGGGCUGCAAGAGAAGCUCACUGCCCGUGAAAGUGACGAGCUCUCCCUCUCACUCCAGCUGCAAGGCCAGGUGGAGACACUGAAGGGGAAGCUCCUGGAGCAGGCGCAGGAGAUCAGCCGGCUGCACUCGGAGCUGGGUGGCACAGAUGCGGAGAAGCACCGGGACCUGCUGGCAGCGGAGAACGAGCAGCUGCGGCGGGAGAUGAAGGCCAUGGAAGGGGAGCUGCAGGAGCUGCGGCGGCUGCCGGCACCGUGCCAGGACUGUGCCCACCUCCAGGAGAACACUGGGCUGCAGGAGCGGCUGUCCCGGCUGCAGCGGGAGGCAGAGGAGAUGCGGGCCAGGCUGGCCGAGCUGGAUGUGGAGGUGCAGCAGAAGACCAACCGCUUGGCUGAGGUGGAGCUGCGGCUCAAGGACUCCCUGGCUGAGAGGGCUGAGGAGGAGGAGCGACUCAGCCGGCGGCUGCGGGACAGCCAGGAGACCAUUGCCAGCCUCAAGUCCCAGCCCCAGCAGAUAAAGUAUAUCAUCAAAACAGUGGAGGUGGAGUCAGCCAAGACGAAGCAAGCCCUGUGCGAGAGCCAGUCCCGAAACCAGUACCUGCAGGAGCAGGUGGGGAUGCAGCGGCAGGUGCUGAAGGAGAUGGAGCAGCAGCUGCAGAGCUCCCAGAAGACAGUGGCUCAGCUCCGAGCUCAGAUCACCAUGUAUGAAGCCGAGCUGGAGCGAGCCCAUGGACAGAUGAUGGAGGAGAUGCAGGCGAUGGAGGAGGAGAAGAACCGCGCCAUCGAAGAAGCGUUCUCCCGCGCCCAAGUGGAGAUGAAGGCAGUGCACGAGAACCUGGCAGGUGUCCGAACCAACCUGCUGACGCUGCAGCCAGCGCUGCGCACCCUCACCCACGACUACAACAGCCUGAAGCGGCAGGUUCGCAACUUCCCCCUGCUCCUCCAGGAGACCCUGCGGAACGCCAGGGCCGAGAUAGGCCAGGCCAUUGAGGAGGUGCACAGCACCAAUCGGGAGCUGCUGCGCAAGUACCGGCGGGAGCUGCAGCUCCGGAAGAAGUGUCACAACGACCUGGUGCGGCUGAAAGGAAACAUCCGUGUUUUUGGGCGAGUCCGCCCCAUCACGAAGGAGGAUGGUGAGGGCCCGGAGGCAGCCAGUGUGGUGACCUUUGACGCUGACGAUGAUGCUGUCCUGCACCUGCUGCACAAGGGGAAGCAGGUCUCCUUCGAGCUGGAUAAGGUCUUUCCACCACAGGCAUCCCAGGAGGAGGUGUUUCAGGAGGUUCAAGCCCUGGUCACCUCCUGCAUCGAUGGCUACAACGUCUGCAUCUUUGCCUAUGGGCAAACUGGGGCAGGAAAAACCUACACCAUGGAGGGAACAGCAGCAAACCCGGGGAUCAACCAGCGGGCCCUGCAGCUCCUCUUCUCUGAGGUGCGGGGCAAGGCGGCCGACUGGGACUACAGCAUCAGUGUCAGCGCCGCCGAGAUUUACAACGAGUCGCUCAGGGACUUGCUGGGGAAAGAGCCGCAGGAGAAGCUGGAGAUCAAGCUGUGCCCCGAUGGCAGUGGGCAGCUCUAUGUGCCCGGGCUGACCGAGUUCAGAGUGCAGAGCGUGGAGGACAUCAACAAGGUCUUCGAGUUCGGCCACGUCAACCGGGCGACAGAGUGCACCAACCUGAACGAGCACAGCUCCCGCUCCCACGCCCUCCUCAUCAUCACCGUCCGUGGCCUGGACCGCAGCACGGGGCUCCGCACCACAGGGAAGCUGAACCUGGUGGACCUGGCGGGGUCGGAGCGGGUGGGGCGGUCGGGCGCGGAGGGCAGCCGGCUCCGCGAGGCCCAGCACAUCAACAAGUCCCUCUCGGCACUGGGAGAUGUCAUCUAUGCCCUGCGCUCCCGACAGGGCCACGUGCCCUUCCGCAACUCCAAGCUCACCUACCUGCUGCAGGACUCACUCAGUGGUGACAGCAAGACCCUUAUGAUGGUGCAGGUCUCCCCUGCCGAGAAGAACACCAGCGAGACUCUCUGCUCCCUGAAGUUUGCCGAGAGAGUUCGCUCCGUGGAGCUGGGCCCUGUCUCCCGCAAGGCUGAGCUGGUCUCCUGGCCCAGCCAGGAGCAGCUGGAGGGUGACUCACCGGGGACUGCAGCCCCUCCUGGCCGGGCCCACACGUCCCCCAGCCCUGGGCAGCUCUCCAGCCGCUCCGCCUCCAUCCGCAGGAAGCUCCAGACCUCAGGGAAGCUGAGGCUGGUCCCCGUGUGACAGAGCCAGCCCUGCCGCCGCGGUGCUUCACCGAGCUGGCUGCUGGGAGACACGAAGGCACCCUCACCCUCUCACGGGUGUUCCCUCACCCAACAGGACUUGCGACCAGAGGGUGGUGGCACCUCUUGCCAUGAGCAGCGUGGGCCGGGGUGUCCCAGCAGCUGGAUCCCCAUCUCAGGGUGGGGGACAGUGGUGCUGGGCAGGGAUCUGCCCCCUCUGACACAGCUCUCUGACUUUGCAGUAUUGCUGGGCAGACGUUUUUAUCCAGAGCAGGGAGCUGCUACGUGCUCCAUCCGUCUCUCCAGCUUUGCUUUUUUAACUGGAAGAGGGGGCUCAGAGCCAGAUGAGCCCCCAGACAUGUCUCUGCUACCCCCAUGGGCCAGCCUGGCUACAGCUUCAAUGUGGGCAGCUGCCCCACGGCUUUCAGAGCAACACUUCCUCCAUUUUAAGCCAGAAAAAAAAAAUACAUCCCAGCAGCUCCUUUCCCCUCGUUGUUGCAUGAAGGUGCUCUGGUGCCAUGCAUGGGGGGCACGGGGCUGUCCCUGUUCCUCGGCACUGGGGUGGAUUUAGCAGUCUUGAAUGAAGUUAUUGUCAAGUUAUUUAGCAGUUGUCUUGUUGAGAGAUCACAGUGUGGUUGAGAUGAAAGUGUUUGAAAUAUUUAUGCCCUGUUUACAUGGUCAUGGAAUGGAAAAAAAAGUGGAAAAGAAACAGGAAAAACCCAAACCUCCCACCCAAAAGCCUGUGGGCUUGUGCGUGGGGACAGCAGUGGGCAGGGGAGGAGGGCACUGCCACCUGCUGCACUGUGCAGCCACCUCAGGUCCACUUCCUCCUGCUGCAAAUAACCACCUGGAUGCACUGAUGGCUCUGCAGCCCUCUCCUCUCAUUCUUCCGUAGCAUAUCCUAUUUAAAAAAAAAAAAAAGGGAAAAAUAAAUUUAGCCUUUUGUAAGAUUAGAUGUUUCUAUGUAUUUUAAUAAUUAAAGACAAUAAUCCUGUUUUGUAACAAAACUUAUUUUAAAUAAACUGUUCAAGCCA